AGGGCCGGCUGACUGGGAGGCGGUGGCAGCAGCUCUUGUUAUUCCAGCCCUUGCUCCCCCAGCACGCCAUGGAGCAGCCGCGGGUCUGCAGCGUCAGUUCCGAGGCGGGAUGGUAUUUGUCGGCUCAGGACCUGGAAGAGGGAGCCCCGCUCCUCUCGCCCCCGGACACGACAUCGCUGAAUCAUGUAUCAACUGGUACCUCCUUUGGCUUCUCCGUAUUUAAUAUAAUGAAUGCUAUCAUGGGAAGUGGGAUUCUUGGUUUGGCGUAUGUCAUGUCCAAGACAGGGAUCAUUGGAUUUAGUGUGUUGCUGUUAAUUGUUGCUACCCUUGCAUCUUAUUCUAUAUUUCUGCUGCUUAGUAUGUGCAUUUAUACUGGGAACCCUUUCGAUGUGGUCUUGUCAGAUGAGGAAAAUUGCUCAAAGAACCCAUUGCAUAUUAAAAGGCUUUGGAACAUGUUCUUAGAUGUAAAAGCCCAUUUGCGUUCAAUAUUAGUCUAUUGGAAUUCACUGGAAAGCAAAAACAAAAUUAGAAGAGAGUGGCAAAUUACAUCUUGUUGCCAAGAAAACUAUAUGGAUACAUCUGUGUAG